AGGUAUAGUCGCGAUAUGUAAACCGGGAAUUCUCGGAAAGUUACCUUAAAACAAUAUAUCACUUAUUAUACUUGCGCUGAGCCAAAAAUCGGCGCGUGGAGAGAUGAAAUUUGUCUAAUUUGUUUUCCCAGCCAUUCGUAUCUCUAUACCUAUAGUAAGUUUUUAAACAGUUGCCGUAACGUAUAUUCAUCACGAACUGUCUUGGUGUCAGAAUGGAGAGGAUGUUAGCAUACGUUUUGAGUUUAUUCGUUGAACGAGAAAAGCCAUAACAGAAAUGCAAUUCGUUCUUCAAAGAAUUAUUCGCCGUCGAGACUUUCUGCUGUGAUCUAAAAGAGGCAACACAAAACAAAGACAAUGGCUACAAAAUUGGGGAUUAUGCAGUUUAUAAGGACAGUGCGACAAGGAGAUAUUGCAACUGUUCAAAAUGAAAUUAGACAGUAUGGAUUACCGAAAGGUGGAAGUGUCUAUACAGAUUACACUGCAUUGCAGGCUGCAUUUGAAUGUCGAAGGUAUGAGAUAGCAAAGCUGCUCGUUUCAGCUGGAUGCAGAAUAAAUCCAAACCAAUCCGAUAAAGGUUUAAUACCUCUUAUGAAAGCAAUUGUUUAUGAGAACAAUGAGUUAGUAGAAAUGCUUUUGAAAAGGAAAGCUAACAUUACUUCGCAUAAUACAACAGUUUUGCAUUUGGCAGCAGAAAGGAGAUUAUUAAACAUGCUGCAACUUAUUCUUUCUUAUAAUGUCGAUGUUAAUGCUGUAGACAGUUCUGGUAAUACAGCUCUACAAAGCAUAAUAUUACGGUUUACUCGUUUUGCAAUUCCUCAUUUGGCCCCAUUACUUACCACUGUAGAUAUAGCGAUAAUAAAACUUUUGUUGUCAAAGAGAGCAAAGAUUGAGUUUAAGGAUUACAAUGGGGUAAAUCCAUUGCAUUUUGCUGUCAAGCUCAACGACAUGAAAGUACUGCAACAAUUUGUACAGGCCUGUCCUGAUGUCAAUGUCACUGAUAAAGAUGGCAACACAAUACUUCACAUCCUAGUAUCCAUGACCAAUAUCAACAGCCAAUCUGAGAUAGGGAUUGUAGGCGUGGUGAAAAUGCUUAUUCGGAAGGGUGCAAGAAUUGACAUAGCUAACAAGCAUAAGGAGAAUGUCAGCCAUUUGGCAGCCAAGCACAAGAAGCUCGAUAUAAUGAAGAUAAUACCACAUAACGAAACAACUUUAAAUGAAACUGACUCGGAGGGCAACACUGUGUUUCAUUUGCUAUUUGAGAAUAGCCUGAGCUUUGUCAAAGAUCAGGAGUUUAUGAAUGUAUUCAUGCAUCUACUAUCCUUGGGCAUUAUCAUUGAUACAACGAACUCAGUUGGUAAGACUCCCUUGCAACUGGCUGCUGAAAAUCGCCAGGAUCAAAUACUUCAUAUCCUGUUGCCAUAUGCCAAUAUCGUCGGUUUAAGGGACAAUCAGGGAAAUAGUUUACUCCACUGUUACCUGCAGAGUAUCAUUGAUUACGGUACUACAAGCUGUGAGGACAACUUGGCCAUUGUUCAAAUCCUUCUGAAUAAGGGCGCCGAGGUUGACGCGACUAAUGUAAAAGGCAUCUCGCCUGUUCAUAUGGCUCUGAAGCUCAGGGACAGGGACAUUGUGUUGGAGUUACUGGAGCGCAUCAAUAACGCGGAUCUCUGUGACAUCAAGGGCAGAUCCUUACUACACUUUCUUGCUGCCAACAAGUAUAAAAGCAGGACGACCAGUAAUUCUCCCGAGAAUCCGCAGGAAUCGAUUGAGAUUGCUAAGAAGAUCCUGGCGAAAAACGCCACGAUCGACAAGCGUGACAAUCGUAAGCGCACACCACUUCACGUUGCUGUGACCUCACGACAGAGUGGCUUGGUGCAGCUUCUACUGGAGCAUGGAGCUGAUCCAAAUGCCGUCGACGAGCAAGAUGACAAUGCUUUGCAAUUUCUUGUUAAUAGCCAGAGUGAUCAGCCCGAGGACCUGGACGUGAGCAUUGCCGAAAUGCUAAUUACCAAAGGCGCGAAUGUCAACGCAGUGAGUAAAGAAAAUCUUUCACUGCUACACACAGUAGCACGUAAACGUCGGAUGAAGUUGAUGCAGGGAUUGCUUCAACAUUGCUCUAAGGAGGUAAUUUCGUUAAAAGAUCAUCAAGGCAAUACAGUACUACACAUGCUUAUGGGAUUUAACAAGCCAAGAAGCGACGCAGAGCUACCGAAUUUAUGUAUAGACGUGGCGAUGAAAUUACUGACUAAAGCCGGUGAUAUGCUUGUCAAUGAGCCGAACGCAAUGGGAGAAACUCCACUGCACCGGGCAGCGCGAGAGAAACAUGACGAGAUACUACAGAUUUUGUUGCUGAACGGAGCCGAUCCUUUCAUCUGCGACAUUACGGGUAACACCGUACUGCACUCACUUGCAUCGCCUCAAUCAAGCCAGAACCAAAGUAACAUAGAAGAACAGAUAGUCGAGAUAUUCGUGAAGAAAGGCUGUUUGAUCGAUGCGGUGAACCAGGCGGGAUUGACGCCUCUCCACGUCGCCAUCAAGAAUGGAAAUGCUAAGGUUGUCGCGGCACUCGUCGCUAGUGGAGCUGAGAUACACCGUACUGUGGGCGAAAACUUAUCGACAGCCCUGCAUCUAUCGGUAGAGUGUGGCAACAUUGAAAUCGCGAACGUGUUACUCCGUAAUGGCUCGAACGUCAAUGCUGUGCAAUCCAAUGGCAAGACCUGCUUGCAUCUUGCAGCUGCACGUAAAAGAUUCGAAAUGAUUAAGACUCUCCUCGAAAAUCGAGCCGACCCGGAUGUCCAAGAUUUGUCUGGCAACACAGCUCUCCACGUAGCGUGCUGGUACGAUGAUUUCGAAACCGCAACCCAACUGCUGGACUACGGUGCGGACAUAAACAUUGUCAACUCCAAGGGUAGCACGGCUCUUUUGUUCUCGCAGGGCGCAGACAACGCGCUUAAGUCAAAGCUAUUAUAUUAUGGGUGGAAGCUACGUACAGCCAACUUACCUCUCGCCUCUUUGAACUUGGAAUACAUACGAAAAUCGCUUGCUGAAUUCCAUAUGAAUUCUUCAAGCAUAUAUGACGAGGAACUGCUCGAGAUGGAACGCUAUCAAGUUGACGCGCAAACCAACGUCGCAGAUGUGUUGCGAAUGCCGGCGAGUCGACUCGUCGUUUACAAGGCCAAACUCAAAUUCCGCCAGCUCAUCUUCGAAUCCGAGGAGUUCGCUCAAAAGUUUCCCCACUACGCGGAUAUCAUCAGAGCGAAUUACAGAAAAGGCAUCGCGAGGAGCGAGCUUGAGUGUUCGGCUAAAAAAGCGUUCAAUGCAUUAUGCCAAUUCAUUUGCCCUGAUAUCUGUUGCGAGAAGAUAUUACGAAAUCUCAACAACGAGCAACUUAGGAGCUUGAUCAAAGCUGGUAAAUUGAAAGUUAAUAAUAAGAAGAGGUUUCUCAGAGAUUUAGAUGAGGAGUUUGAGAGACCAGCUAAAAGGACGAGGAGGAUCAACGUGUAAUCGUUACAAAAAUUUAUUUCGUUGUGAUUGUUUAAAGUUUUGGAUCGUUGUGUUCAGUUAUAACGUAAUUAAGUGGUAAAACCUCGUGAUUAAACGUGAAAUUCCACUUCGUGUAAGUGUACAAUAUAGACGUCAAUUCAUGACUAAACUUUUUCUAUAUUCACAUGGAAGAGCAGUAUUUAGCAAUGUAUAAUCUGCUGACGAAUCACUGAAGUAUUUUAGUUUAUUUAUUUUUUUUUAAAUCUCUUCUACAGACAUCUCGUUGACGAAGUUCUUUUCUUCACUGUUUACAUAUAAAUAAAUAUAUGUAGUAAGAUUUUAACGUUUAUUUUCUUCAAGAUUGCAAUCAAAAUUGUGAUGUAAUAUGAAUGACAAAUCCUGAUCAAUAAUCGAAAAACGAGCUACGGCUAAAGUAUACGUAUUUAUAAAAAGAUAACGAUGAGGAUCAAAUAGCUCGCACGGAGCACAAACAAGGGGCUAGGAAAUUAAAUUUUUUAAGUUGGUAUCUGCGACUGUGACCGCCAAAUUUUAAAAGACUUCUUUGCACGAAUAAAAUUUACUGUUACAAACAAUUCAC